GUUUGAGAGAGAUUAGAAGAAAAGAAUCAUUCAUUAGUCAUUACGAAGCAAUGGCGAAUUUUGGUGAAGGGAGAAGAAGUGGAGGCGGAGGGAUGUUACCGCUUCUCGCUCUUAGCGCCGUCGCGGAAUACUAUAGACUGCCGUGGAAACCACCGGUAACGGCGAGUCUUUUAGCCGCCAACACUCUCGUCUAUCUCAGGCCUGCGUUGAUCGAUCCCUUUAUACCUCACAUCAGUGAGGUCUGGUUCAAUCCCCACCUCAUCUUCAAGCACAAGGACUUGAAACGUUUGUUUCUAUCAGCGUUCUACCAUGUCAACGAGCCUCACUUAGUCUACAACAUGAUGUCUCUUCUCUGGAAAGGUAUCAAGCUCGAGACAUCUAUGGGAAGCACUGAGUUUGCUUCUAUGGUCUUUGCACUUAUUGGUAUGUCCCAAGGAGUUACUCUGCUGUUAGCCAAGUCGCUUCUCUUCUUCUGCGACUACGAAAGAGCUUAUUACAACGAGUACGCCGUUGGAUUCUCUGGUGUUCUCUUUGCUUUGAAAGUUGUUCUCAAUUCUCAGGCUGAGGAUUACUCUAGUGUUUAUGGUAUCCUGGUUCCGACUAAGUAUGCUGCUUGGGCGGAACUGGUUCUGGUGCAGAUGUUUGUACCGAACGCUUCGUUUCUUGGGCAUUUGGGUGGGAUCCUUGCUGGUAUUCUCUAUAUGAAGCUCAAGGGUUCUUACUCAGGCUCUGAUCCUGUUACCAUGGCGGUUAGAGGUGUAACACGACUUGUGACUUGGCCCUUGAGGUUUCUGAACGGUAUGGUCAGGUCACGGAGAAGGAGGAUUACAGGGAGAGGAAGAGUGGGAAGAGGCCAGACUGGGAUAGCUGGACCUGGUAUCUGGAGAUGCCACUCGUGUACAUAUGACAAUUCUGGAUGGUUAAGUGCUUGCGAGAUGUGUGGCUCCGGACGGGAUAGAGGAAACGGAUGGUCACUGAGUCAGGGACCAGCAUUGUCUUCUUCUAAUGAUCUCCCUUUAGAUGAGCUGCGCCGCCGACGAGUAGAAAGGUUUAGUUGAUCUCUGGAGUGCAUUCGUAGAGCUGAGGAAGGAUUUUGAAUGAACCUUUGUUGAAUUAUUUAUAGCAUUAGCUUGAUUAGAAGAACUAGUGGUAGUUUUUUUUUUCAACCUGUUUCUUCAAGAUUUGGUUCUACAUGUGAAUUGGUCCUUGAUGACUUUGUCAAAGUAAUGGAAAAAGAAAGUAAUGAUAUUUUCUC